UGGGAAGCAAAACAAAAAAGGAAGUGGCGGAUGAACCUCGUCAAGGUGGCGAGAAAGCACAAGUUUAUGAGAGUUCCUCUGCUUUGAAGGCAAUUGAACAUAGGGACAAGCCCCGGCGGGGAAGUGAGUCUUUGGCGUGGGCUUCCGCAGUGUUCAGAACACGACACUAUGUAGCCGCCAAACCCACACGGCCAAUUGUUACUAUGUAGCCUAGCAUAUUAUCCCCGCGUAAAAAAAACUCCUCCACACGUCAGGGAGAGAAUAGGCGAGUUCGUUUUGAAUCUGCCGGUGCCCCGGGUGAACGGAGUUUACUUAUUUUAGACGAUUCCAUUCGUCCUAAAGAGAGAGAUACCAUGCCGGGGCAGCUUGCAAUGCAAAACGAACUCGCUCAAUACAUUUGCUGUGGCUGAUGUCAAGUGACCGACUUCCGCCCCAUGUCUUCAGUUCUGCAUCAACCGGCAAGCAGUUGAGAUACGACGCCAGCGGAGGUAGACGGACAGAUGUUGUCAAACGAAGGAAUGGAAACCUGACAUUAACUUUGAAUAGGAAAAGAGAGUAAACGUCGUCGUGGACGCGGUGGUGAAACUGGAGGGAAUAGGACGACAGGGAGAAACUGAUGAAUACGUUUCAUUUGAGGAGGCGGACCCCUGACUGCGUCUUCGAUAUGCUGAAAGCAGGCCCGGUGUGUUCAUACUGUAUGUGGAAGUACAGAUAGGCUACUGUUUUAACUGUAUUCAAUCAUGAGGAUCGGAUACAUUGUACUUUAAACCGCGUUGGAUACACCGCAUACUAUUUCCUGGCAGCGAGCUAGAGCCAAUUUAUUUGGUCGUGUGUUUUUUUCAGAUAGAAGAUACCAUAUUCUACCCAUUUGCACUUUUUUUCUGUGGAAGUUGACUUUAAAGUAGAGUAUGCUACCGGUUUGUCUCAUAGAGCUGGCUUUAAAUCGUUCUAUAAGAUCUGAGUAACGCAGGAGGGGAAUCGCCUGAGGUCUAGCCUACUUCAUGCCACGCACUGGAGUAGGCCUAUCAUUUUUGGAUGGAGUUUUGAAGUAUUAUGGCCUAAUUUUUGACGUUGCGAACACUUGAAUUAGAUAAUAAUUUUUGUAGAUAGGCCAAGCCUAUUCAUUGUCAUUAUCUAUAGCCUAUAUAUAUAUAUAUAUAUACAACUAGUGGAGCAUUUCUAAACACCAACAGCUCCUAGUCUAUUUCGCUGUUAUCUAUUCAUAUGUGGUAUUUAUCUAAACACAGCGGGUUUUUUUUAAAGGUGAUGCAUUUUAUCUAACUGUCGUCUGACGUUUCAUUCUUGUGGCUCGACAUAUUCGAAUAUUUAUAUCCCAAACGCAAUUCUCCAGGUACUCUUGGCACCUGGCUGAAUCCUUGGAGAAAGCUUUCCAUUUCGGAAUAGACAUUAUUUUUGUAUUUAUUCUCUCUUCACACGGAAAAUAAUUAGUGGCUUCCCCCACGAUGAGUUACUUCUACCAAGCAGUGCUUCUAUUGCUACGUGGACUCGUCAUCUCUGCGGUACUGGGAUUGGAAAGCAGUUACUCAGCCGAUCUGUCGACCCGUGCUUCUAAUGCCGCAAUUGUAGCCACUACAGACCCCUGUCUGACAGUGAUGCCUCCAUGCAUGGGUGACGCAGACCGUUUCAGCCUGGAGGCCCUCCGGGUCAUUCACAAACAGCUGGAUGACGACAAUGACGGGGGAAUCGAGGUCAACGAGAGUGUAGAGUUUAUUAGAGAAGAUAUGAAGCAACAACAAACCAACAAACACAGUAACCUUCACAGGGAGGACCAACACAUCACUGUGGAGGAGCUGUGGAAGGGCUGGAAAACCUCAGAAGUUCAUAACUGGACGACGGAGGACACAGUGCAGUGGCUGAAGGAGUCUGUGGAGCUGCCUCAGUACGAGAUGAGCUUCAGAGAGUUCCGGAUCAAUGGAAACACUCUGCCUCGAUUAGCGGCGAACGAACCGUCGUUUAUGUCGGGUCAGCUAAAGAUAUUAGACCAGCGGCACAAACAGAAACUGAAUCUAAAAGCACUUGACGCUGUGCUCUUCGGCCCUCCCUUACGUCCGCAACACAACUGGUUGAAGGACUUUGUGUUGAUGGUAUCUAUAGUGAUCGGGGUGGGGGGCUGCUGGUUCGCUUACAUCCAGAACAAGUCUUCCAGGGUCCACAUGGGUCAGAUGAUGAAGGACUUGGAGAGCCUGCAGAGUGCUGAGCAGAGCCUCAUGGACCUACAGGGACGGUUGGAGAAGGCCCAGGAGGAGAACCGCACAGUGGCGGUGGAGAAGCAGAACCUGGAGCAGAAGAUGAGAGACGAGAUCAGCGGGGCCAAGAAGGAGUCGUACCGCCUCCGCGAGCUCCGCCAGGGGGCCGAGUGUGAGCUCAGCCGCCUCAAAUACGCAGAGGAGGAGCUGGUGCAGGUUCGUAUGGCCCUGAAGCGGGCGGAGAAGGAGAUGCAGACAGAGUGGUCGGUGCCAGACGCCCUACAGAUGUGGCUACAACUCACCCACGAGGUGGAGGUCCAGUACUACAACAUCAAGAAACACAGUGCGGAGCUACAGCUCACGGUCGCUAAGGAAGAGGCAGAGAAAAUCAAGAGAAAGAGGAGUAGUGUGUUUGGGACCCUUCACGUCGCUCACAGCUCAUCACUGGACGAGGUGGACCACAAGAUCCUAGAGGCCAAGAAGUCCCUGUCGGAGGUGACGGCCUGCCUGAGGGAGCGCCUCCACCGCUGGCAGCAGAUGGAGAAGCUGUGCGGCUUCCCCCUGGUGCACAACGCUGGGCUGCCCAGCCUGACUGCCACCCUGUACUCAGACCACAGCUGGGUGGUCAUGCCCCGCGUCUCCGUGCCCCCCUAUCCCAUCGCCGGCGGGGUGGACGACCUCGAUGAGGACACGCCUCCAAUCAUUCCACAGUUAACCUCAGCCUCUAUGAUGCGGCCCCCUUUAACACGCAAUAGCAGCAUGUGCCGUUCCCGCCGGAGCCUCUACAGCACUUCAAUGACGUCAGCCGACCCCGACCUGCUCUCCAUGACCAGCUCACCCCUCUCCUAUCAUCCCGAGGGGGAAGAGGGAUACAUCUUCUUCAUGGAGAGAAAGGGAGACAGGGAUAUUCAGGACACGUGUUCAGACACAGACUCUCUCAACUCCUCCAUGGGGCGUAAACAGUCCUACACCAACCCCUGCACACCGGGCCCAGAGACCCCCUACCGCAAGAUCUCCCGUGAGGAGCUGAUGAUGCUGAGCCAGCAGGAGCCUCAGUCUUAUGUCCGAGACUCACCCCCUCCUCAAGGGGGAUCUUCGGCCCCCUCCCCAGCCCUGGAGCACCACAGACACAAACACAAGGGUUCGCCCGACCUCACCCGUGGAUCUAUCCCAGAGUCCCACAGCAUGUCCUUCGCCACUUCGUCGGCAGGCAAUAAGGCCAUGUACAACGGCAUCCUGGAGAAGUCCUAUAGCAUGGGCCAGCUGCCCGCGAGCAUGACAGGGGCAGGGGGGGUGGCGGUCGGGCGCUACCCGUCCCUCACCUCAAUGGACAGUGAGGGCAGAGGGGUGGGGGCCAAGGAGCAGAAGCAACCGAGUACCUCCUCCCAGGACUCCAGUGGCAACGGAGACAAGGCCAAGAGGUCCUCGUCCAAAAUCAAGAGCUUGUUCAAGAAGAAAAAAUAGUCCUACACACAUAGAGAGAUUCUAGCCUUAAUAAAAAAUGGCUGUCAUCAAAGGAAGCCACAACAUUAUUUUUGUUCCUUUUUUUUUCUUCCAAGAUGGAAUGUAUCUCUGGCUGGACCCCUCAGACCUCUUCCAGAUCGGUAGCCUUAUUUUUCAAUAAUGCCUUUUUUUUUUCACUCAUAGGGCGUUGCUGAUGCAUACCAGAUCUUACAACACCUGGAUAGGUAUUUUACUUAUCAGCUAACCACAUCAUAUGUUGUAGCAAUCUGUCAGUCGAUGAUGUGGCGCGCAAACAUUGGUUGAUGCAUGCAACGUAUGAGUAGGGGAACGCGACCAUAGCCUCACAUUUAAGCCUUCAAAGGUCACAGAAAAGUCAAAAGGUCAAGGGUCGUGCCAGCUGCCGUCGCCCAGGCAAUCGUGAAGAGCAUUAGCCUGGUCACUUCUCUUGUCUUCUCUUGUUCUUUUUGAGUUAAAGAACCAAAAAAUAAAUAACACUUGUUCUAUCUGGAAACUGAGGGGGUUUACAUGGUGGGCUUGUUAGCUUGACAUCACUUCCUGUCUGACAGAGGCUCCUGAGCUCUGGACUCAUUUCCUUUGAGAAAUAAAAAUCCUGCUGAGUUUGUUGCACUACUGCCUUCCUGGUUUCUGGGAAAGGACCGCCGCUGCGUGCGGAGUAAAUAUUGAUGUGUAGAAGAGAAUGAUGUAUGUAUAGAGGCCUUGGGGAGAUGCAACACGUGGUAGACUAUUGCAGCCAGAACCAGUUGGUGCGUUUUCCAAUGUCUCUCGUUAUGGAUUGUUCGAUACACACACACACACACACACACACACACACACACACACAGAGUGAGGUUCGAAAUUAUUGACACCCUUGAUGAUGAGCAAUAAUGACUGUAUAAAAUAAUUAAUGAGCUAUAUUCUAUUCUAAAAAUAAUUUUACUAUACUAAACAAAAUAUAAACACAGCAAUUUCUAAGAUUUUACUGAGUUACAGUUAAGGAAUUCUUAUAAGGAAUUGUCAAUUUAAAUAAAUGCAUUAGGCCCUAAUUUCACAUGAUUGGGAAAUACAGAUAUGAAUCUGCUGGUCACAAAUACCUUUAAAAAAAUGUAGGGGUGUGGAUCAGAAAACCUGUCAGUAUCUGGUAUGACCACCGUUUGACUCAUGCAUUGUGGCACAUCUCCUUCGUAUAGAGUUGAUCAGGCUGUUGAUUGUGGCCUGUGGAAUGUUGUCCCACUCCUCUUCAAUGGCUGUGCGAAGUUGCUGGAUAUUGGCGGGAACUGAAACACGUUAUCGAACAUGUCGAUCCAGAGCAUCCCAAACAUGCUCAAUGGAAGACAUUUCUGGUGAGUAUGCAAGCCAUGGAAGAACUGGGACAUUUUCACCUUCCAGAAAUUGUGUACAGAUCCUUGCGACAUGGGGCCGGGCAUUAUCAUGCUGAAACAUGAGGUAAUGGCUGCGGAUGAAUGACAUGACAACGGGCCUUAGGAUCUUGACACGGUAUCUCUGUGCAUUCAAAUUGCCAUCGAUAAAAUGCAAUGUGUUCGUUGUCUGUAGCUUAUGCCUGCCCAUACCAUAACCCCACCUCCAUCAUGGGGCACUCUGUUCACAACGUUGUUCUCAGAAAACCGCUCGCCCACACGACGCCAUGCAACAGCUCUGGUGGACAUUCCUGGACACCCCUAAAGUUUCUUAUAAAUAAAUAGUCAAAAGUGUAGUAUUUGGUCCCAUAUUCCUGCCACGUAACAACUACAUCAAGCUUGUUACUCUACAAACUUGUUGGAUGUAUUUGCAGUUUAUUUGGUUAUUUCUCACUCUUUUUCUUUUUUUUCCCAGGAGAAAUUAAUGGUAAUUAAUGUAUUCUGUCAUUUUGGAGUCACUUCUCUUAUAAAUAAGAAUAUAAUAAUUUCUUAAAAACUUCUAUUGAGUUUUGGUUCUGAACACUUAAUGAGUCAAAGACGAACUCCACCCUACACAUCCUCAAUGUAACGUAACAAUCAAAACGCUUUCAUCCUAUGAUGUAAUUCCUUUGAAGCAUGCCUCUUUGAGUGACAAAUACUGGAGAAAAAAGUCAAAGUAAUUCACUGAAGACAGCAUUGUUAUAGAAUAUGUUUCUAAACAUUUCUACAUUAAUGUGGAUGCACAAUUCUGAAUUUUCCAUAAUCACGAUACCAAGUGUUUAGAAACAUAUUCUAUUUUAGCAAUGAGGCCCGAGGGGGUGUGGUAUAUGGCCAAUAUACCACGGCUAAGGGCUGUUCUUAGGCACGAUGCGAUGUGGAGUGCCUGGAUACAGCCCUUAGCCGUGGUAUAUUGGCCAUAUACCACAAACCCCCGAAGUGCCUUAUUACUAUUAUAAACUGGUUACCAACGUAAUUAGAGCAGUAAAAAUACAUGUUUUGUCAUACCUGUGGUAUACGGCUGUUAGCCAAUCAGCAUUCAGGGCUCGAACCACCUUGUUUAUAAUCUUAUUUCUAAUAAAAGUGACUCCAAAAUGACAAUACAUUAUUUACCAAUCAUUUCUACUGGGCACAAAAUAAUCUGAAACGCAACCAAAACAAACAGCAAAUGCAUCCAACAAGCUUGACGUAGUCGUUACGUGGCAGGAAUAUGGAACCAAAUACAAAAAUGUUGACUCAUUUCUUUUUUAUGAAGAAUCUUUAGGGGUGCCAAUAAUUCUGACCCUUUUUGCGGGGAAAAAAUAAUUACUUGUUAAACAAAAUCUAAUUCGUAUAAAAAAAGCAUAAUUUUCCUUUAUUUAUUUGUUUUUGCAAUAUUGCUCAGUGUUUGAAUUAUUUAUUGCUCAUCUUUAUUGAGGUCAAUAAUGUCAGACCUCACUGUUUAUACGCUUUGUUUUGACAUUAUUAUGUUCUUGUAGAUGUUUUGUAGACAAUGUGAUUUCUAUUGGUGGGGGUUCACAAGGACUGACUGGUUUUUACUGAAGAGAGCUAAACAAUAUCCAGAUUUGACCUGUACCCUUGUUACUUGUCGUUGUAAACUUUCGUAAGCUCUUCCCGAAUAUUUUACCAUUACUUUCACCUGUUACCUCUCAACUUCCUUUUCCAUCAUUUACAUACUCUAUGAUAGGGACUGGUCACUAGCAACAUACAUAGCAGGAGACAAGCUAAACCGAAGAGUAAAGUUAAUUGUUGCUAUUUUACGAUAUGCAUUUGUAAUAUCAGAAGUCUGCAGAUGUGACAAAUUAGCUUUCAUAGCACAUCCCUACAGUCACCCAUUUACCCCUACAGUCACCCAUUUACCCCUACAGUCACCCAUUUACCCCUACAGUCACCCAUUUACCCCUACAGUCACCCAUUUACCUCUACAGUCACCCAUUUACCCCUAGUUACCCAUUUACCCAUCUACCCCUACCUUUACCCAUCUACCCCUACCAUUACCCAUCUACCCCUACCGUCACCCAUCUACCCCUACCGUCAACCAUCUACCCCUACCGUCACCCAUCUACCCCUACCAUCACCCAUCUACCCCUAUCUUCCCAUUUACCCUGUCUGUCCAUCAAAUCCCUGCCUCACCCCUGUCCCCUCUAAACCUCCCAGUCUGUCCAUCAAAUCCCUGCCUCACCCCUGUUCCCUCUAAACCUCCCUGUCUGUCCAUCAAAUCCCUGCCUCACCCCUGUUCCCUCUAAACCUCCCAGUCUGUCCAUCAAAUCCCUGCCUCACCCCUGUCCCCUCUAAACCUCCCUGUCUGUCCAUCAAAUCCCUGCCUCACCCCUGUCCCCUCUAAACCUCCCUGUCUGUCCAUCAAAUCCCUGCCUCAACCCCUGUCCCCUCUAAACCUCCCUGUCUGUCCAUCAAAUCCCUGCCUCACCCCUGUCCCCUCUAAACCUCCCAGUCUGUCCAUCAAAUCCCUGCCUCAAGCCCUGUCCCCUCUAAACCUCCCUGUCUGUCCAUCAAAUCCCUGCCUCACCCCUGUCCCCUCUAAACCUCCCUGUCUGUCCAUCAAAUCCCUGCCUCAAGCCCUGUCCUCUCUCAUUGUUCUGUGUUUGCUCACCUCUGGGCCUAUAGACUGAGUGCUCUGUUUCAAGGGUUCUCUGUUCUCACUGUGAUUAUACUGCCCUCACCCCUUCAUCCCGGACAAGCCGUCAUUACUGUCACAUCAUCCCUGUAACCCAAGACGGAGCUGAUGUUGCUGCCUGGUACGGUGAUGACGCGAAUGGGAUGACACAAAGGUUGUAGGUGGCGGCAUUCCCGCCAGGAAGGAGAGUUCACGUGCUGUUACGGCACACGGACCCCAAAAUAACGACUUAUAGAUGAGCAGAACAUAUGAAUGUUUACGUGACUUUAGGGGAUUUUUGAACAUUUGGUGUGUGACUAUUUGUAUACCGUAGACAAAUUAAUAAAAAAACAUUGCUGUC